AUGAGGAACGUGGGCGGAAACAUUCGGCACGGCAUCACCGGCCUUUCCGGGACGGUGAUGUCCAAGCCUCGCGAAAUUGCUCACCUGCUGAAGAACAGGUUCGGCAGUGCCGACAACAUCACGGCCCUCACUAACGACUCGUCGGAGGGCACACCCACGCGCAGCCACCACGGCAGCUCCACCCUGCCGCCGGGCAUCCCCUCGUCAGCCGUCAGCGGCAACACCAGCGUCGGUCAGCUGCGCUCUGACGAGGGGAGCGACCUGAGCAGCGCGGCGAGCGAGCCCGGUGCCCUGGCCACCACCUCUCCGCGGCACCAGGCCAGCGUGUCGUCGGCCGGCGCUUCUGAGCUGCUCGAGCGCAAGGAGGAGUGCGACCGGCUGCGCGACGACGUGGACACGAUCAAGGCGACGCUGCAGCAGGAGAUCACGCUGCUCUCGCAGGCGCUUCAGGAGGAGCGCUUCCGCUACGACCGGCUCGAGCAGCAGAUGAACGACUUCAUCGAGCUGCACCAGAACGAGGUGGAGAAUCUGCGCCAGCACAUGCAUGACAUGGAAGAGAAGGUCCAGUACCAGAGCGAGGAGCGCGUCAGAGACAUUCACGAGAUGAUGGACAAGUGUAAUACUCGGAUAUCGCGGAUGGAGCACCAGCAGGUGGAGCACCAGCAGCUGGUCAACUUGGAGGUGAUCGGCAACUCGCAGGCGCGUGCUUUGGUCGUCAAGCUGGUCAACAUCGUGCUGACCGUGCUACAGGUGGUGCUGCUGAUCGUGGCCACGCUGGCCAACAUCACCAUGCCGUUCCUUCGCACCAGGGUGAGAACGCUGUCGACGUUGCUUCUCAUUGUGGUAAUUGUCUUCGUCGUUCGCCAGUGGGCCGACUUCAGCGAUCUCUUCCAUCAUUACGUGAACUACGUGAGGGCGGCCAGUGCUGGCACUCGGCCACCGCCCGAGCCGUAGAGACGCCGCCACGCGCGCGCGCGCGCACCCAGCUCGCCACAAACCAAAGCCUUCAUUUUAGCCACGUGCGCAGAUUUUAUUCUCAAAUUGUGUCAGCCGUAUCGCGUUGAUUCAGUGUCCUUAUGUUAGCCUACUGUGACUAUUAUUGUCUUCGUUGAAGAUGUGAUGUGAGGAAAUACAGCACAAGAUGUUUUA